UGCAUUGCCACUAGCCACUUAAAUUAAUUUUGCACCUCAUAGUCACAAAAAUGAAAUUAAGAUAACAAGGACAAAACUGCUUUCCUGUUAACCAGAAAAACAGAGAAGCUCUUUCUACCUCAGAUUAUCCCUUUCCUCUUGAGGCUGUUAUUUCCUCGAACCUACCAUGACCACAACAUAGCUCCGUCCAUGAAGACAAACCUUUCUCCGGGAAGUCACCAUGAAGAAGAGGCCAGAGCUUGAACAGCAACACCAUGACCAAGACUUGGAAGUGAUGAAAGCAGUUGCACAAGCCUGGUACAGCCACUCAGGCAGUUCAAGGCCUAUGAGUGAAUUCGACGCGCCUCGAGGAAACUUCAAAGGCAAGCCUUCAAGGUUCAAGCUCGAAGCACUCAACAAGCCAUCAUCAUCAUCAUCAUCAAUAACAACCAUGGUCACAACAAGCCAUAGUAGUUGUUGGGAUUUCAAGCAAUCACUUUGGGAUCCUUAUGAGCUUGUGACUGUGUCCAGAAGGAUAGAAACAGGAUUAGCCUUAGAUAGCCCAUUUGAUGAAUUUUUGUGUUGCUCACCGAGAAUCCAACAACCAAGGGGUAAGCUGGAGAGUAAGAAUAGCCUCAGGAGUCUGUUCAAACAUUCUAAGAGGUUUAUUGCCUCCAAAAUUUCUAAGGAAAAUGAAUGAUACAUGAGUUUCAUCUUCUUUUA